GCUGUAGUUGAGUGUUAGCAGGCUAACUGGAGAAAGAAAGCUAACUAAUCGUGAGAGUGGAGCUAACGUUUAACAAAAAGGCAACUGUCAAAACAGCAAGGGGAGCAGGAUUUUUUUUUGUCAAGUGAUAAUUCUGCUAGAUGACUACAUGAGCUGAGACGUGUUGCUAGCUGAUCUUAGACCGUUGUUUGUCUUGAUGCCCGAGGAGCAUUUUUGGAUACUACAUCGAUUGUCCCAUUUCCAAACGGAAACCAUUUCUGGACAGACAGUUCGUGCUUGCUAUCUCGCUAGCUAAGUGAAUCAUCCAGGAGACUUUCCAUUGUCACCUAAAAAAAAAAAACUCAAACCGAAUGUUUUGUCUGUCAUGAGUCCGGCCGGGUGCUCCCAUGUGAACGGUUAUAAGGUGGACAAUUGGAAACAAAAUCUUCGAGUCAUAUACCAAUGCUUUGUUUGGAGUGGUACUGCUGAGACCAGGAGACGCAAGGUGCUUCAGAGUGAUGCAGGAUGGACAGAGCUGGCCAAGUCGUGCAUCUGUCAUAUGUGUGGAGCCCACCUGAACAGACUCCACUCUUGUCUCCACUGCGUCUUUUUCGGCUGCUUUACGAAGAAACACAUCCACGAGCACGCAAAAAACAAGAGACACAAUCUAGCAAUAGACUUAUUAUACGGUGGGAUAUAUUGUUUUGUGUGUCAAGACUACAUAUACGACAAAGACAUGGAGCAGAUCGCCAAAGAGGAACAGAGGAAGUCCUGGAAAUUGCAAGGCAUCGGGGAGAAGUACACAACGUGGGAGCCUACCAAGAGGGAGCUAGAAUUAUUACGACACAAUCCGAAGCGGCGGAAAAUCACUACGAACUGUACCAUAGGUUUACGAGGGUUAAUAAACCUUGGCAACACAUGUUUCAUGAACUGUAUUGUCCAGGCCCUAACACACACGCCGCUGCUGCGAGACUUCUUUCUCUCCGACAGACACAAGUGCGAGAUGCAAUCAAACUCCUGUCUGGUGUGUGAGAUGUCGCAGCUCUUUCAGGAGUUCUACUCGGGACACCGUUCGCCCCACAUUCCCUUCCGGCUGCUGCACCUGGUGUGGACUCACGCACGUCACCUCGCGGGCUACGAGCAGCAAGACGCCCACGAGUUCCUCAUCGCGGCCUUGGAUGUACUACACCGGCACUGCAAAGGGGACACCAUCAGAGAUGACAAUGGGAAGAAGGCCAACAAUCCGAACCACUGUAACUGCAUCAUUGACCAAAUCUUCACUGGGGGCCUGCAGUCAGACGUUACCUGUCAAGUCUGCCAUGGGGUUUCCACAACGAUAGAUCCAUUCUGGGACAUCAGUCUGGACCUUCCUGGCUCAUCCACGCCUUUCUGGCCCCUCAGCCCCGGAGGCGAUGGCAGCACAGUUAACGGAGAGAGCCACCUGUCCGGGUCCACCACUCUCACAGACUGCCUGCGCAGGUUUACGCGACCUGAACAUCUAGGAAGCAGUGCCAAAAUCAAGUGUGGCGGUUGCCAUAGUUACCAGGAGUCCACCAAACAGCUGACAAUGAAGAAGCUCCCCAUCGUAGCGUGUUUCCAUCUGAAAAGGUUUGAGCACUCUGCCAAACUGCGGAGAAAGAUCACUACAUAUGUUUCCUUCCCCCUAGAGUUGGACAUGACUCCCUUCAUGGCAUCCAGUAAAGAGAGCAGAAUGAACGGGCAGUAUCAACAGACGGUCGAUGUAUUAAACAACGACAAUAAGUAUUCCUUAUUCGCCGUGGUCAACCACCAGGGCACGUUAGAGAGUGGCCACUACACCAGCUUCAUCCGCCAGCACAAAGACCAGUGGUUCAAAUGCGAUGACGCCAUAAUCACCAAGGCCAGCAUUAAGGAUGUCCUCGAUAGUGAAGGGUACCUCUUAUUCUACCAUAAACAGUUCCUGGAGUAUGAGUAGUCUUUGACCGCUGGCCAUGAAGAACCACUGGUUCCACGAGGGAAGCAAGGGCCCGGGGACAGGAAGAGACGGAACACACAAACCUACCUGAAACUCUUUGACUACCAGUCUUUGCUCCUCCAGCUCUCGAGGACAAAAAAAAAAAAACAGACUUGUGAAAUCAUGCAACCUUUCAAAAGAAAAAUCUUAGCAGGCACUGAGCUACUUCUUGGCAUCUACUUGACAAAGUGAACGAAGAGAAGAUUCGGAGGACCAGUUGGCCGUUCAGAGGGAAGUGCACCCUUACCCCCUUAUUCUCGCACCCUUACCUGCUGCAGGGGCCGUCUGAGUGUCAUGUUGAUUGGGCACAUCUGGACGUUUCUUUCAGUAUUCGCGCCCCCCCCCCCCCCCCACACACACACACACACACACACACGCACCCUCUAUUUAACUGACUGAGCUUUUUACUUGAUGGAAGACAGUUUGUUGUCGUAUUCUUAUGGGGACUGAACAAAAACGAACAAGAAUAGAAUUGCAAGAAAGGUAUUAUGAACUUUGUGAGAACAUUUUCAAAGGUAUGGUUAUGAUUAUCAGUUGUGGAAAUUUGUUAUCAAAUACUGUAUGAACAUAGUAUACAUCUAUUUUUUAAGAGCGAAAAAAGAAAACACACGGGAGAGCUUACAGACGCUGCCUUUGCCAGUUACUCGGCAAGUGCUGCCAUGGAAACAAAGCAGAUUUGGACAUGACUGUGCUCAUGUUUCACAUAUACUGGGUUGAUUGUUUUAUUUUUGUCUGGUUGAGGGCAGGGAAUAUAUAUAUAUAUAUAUAUAUAUAUAUAUAAUUUUUUUUAGCAACUCAUUGAAUUUUUGUCUGUUCUUUUCAAUGUCUUUUUUUUUUUUUACUUUUCAGUACAGUUAUGUGUCCCUCGCUGUCCUGGUACUGGAAAUGUUUUUUGACGUAUUAUACUUUCAUUCUUGUGGAAUUGUUGGUAUAACGAUGGUGAUGGUUGGAUUGGCUCUCUUUUGCUGUUUAUAAAUUGUAUGUUGAAUCUGAGCUUGGGUUUCACGUGGCAUUCUGAAGAGGAGACUCCAUAUGUGAACUCCAAGUGAGGUCCUAUAAUAUGUGAGAAUGCUAUGGUCUCUCUAGAAGAACUUUAAUGCGCUGCAAAGAAAAAGAAAAAAUAAGCCGAUUUCACAACACUGCAUGCGCCUGGGCUCUUAAGAUAAAAUAGCUCUCGGCAACGGCUCCAGGCCUGCUGCCCAUCAUGAUUUUUGUUUCGUAAACUUGGGGGACAGGAAGACGAUCAUGUGAGCUGUAUAGAGGGUAAAACAUAUUGCACGUAUAUGGGCUCUGCCCGGCCACAGUGUGGCUCUGAAUCCAUCAGUGUUAAUCUUCUCCAUGGCAACCGUGUGGCUGGUGUAGACCGGUGUGGUGCGUCUUGCCUCUGCAGUGCAGUAAACCCAGUGCUCUGUUCAAUCAGUAUGCUGUCAGACUUUAGAUAAUGCACAUACACAUCAGGGUGUUGUGGUCUGUUUUGUUUGAAUAUCACUGAUUGUGUAUGUAUUAAAAAAAACAAAAAAACAAUUGAAUAAAAAGAAAUUCACUCAUG